AUGCCUCUUUCUAGGCCCAACAGUGCCAGUACGGUCAGCGACAGCAACGAGAAGCACUUAAAGCAUCAUGAUUCCCCCAAAGCAUCCUUUUUUUCUUUCCCUCGUCGCAAGAGAGCACUACCUGACGAGGACACCAUUGACGAGAAAGGCGAGACAGUAGUGUCAAGAGUCUUCGAUCAGGAAAUCGUUCCUGUAUCCUUCAUUGACUUGUUUCGGUAUGCUACCUUUCACGAGAAGGCACUUAAUAUCCUUGGUGUCUUUGCAGCCGCAGCCGCGGGUACAGCCCAGCCCUUAAUGACGCUUCUGUUCGGAAGGCUUGUGCAAGACUUUACGGAUUUCGCGACGACGCUCUAUCUAAUCGAAGCAGGCGAUGAGGAUGCAGCAGCUCGUUUUAACUCUGUUGCCGCCUCUUUCCGAGCCGCAGCGGCUGCUAAUGCAAGCUACCUUGUCUACAUCGGGAUUGGAAUGUUUGCCUGCACUUACGUAUACAUGUUGACGUGGGUGUACACAGCUGAAGCCAUUGCGAAACGGAUACGAGAGCACUAUUUGGAAGCCACCUUGCGCCAGGACAUUGCCUAUUUUGAUAAUGUGGGAGCGGGAGAGAUUGCUACGCGUAUCCAGACCGAUACAGGCGAGUUUUUUGUUACUGGCUACCUUGCUCAGAAAGGAAUCGGUGAGAAGGUCCCGACAGCUGUCACUUGCGUCGCAGCAUUUACCUGUGGUUUCAUUCUCGCCUACGCGCGAAGUUGGAAAUUAGCCCUUGCGAUGUCUUCUAUUAUCCCCGUCAUUGUCGUUACUGGCGCAGUCUUGAAUAUUCACCUGUCGCGGAAUAUCUCACAAAUACUUCGUUUCGUUGCAGAAGGAGGGUCGGUUGCCGAGGAAGUCAUAUCCUCCGUCAGGACAGUCCACGCGUUUGGUGUUCAGGGCACUCUCGCGCAAGUAUACAACAUCUAUCUAGUCAAGUCUCAUGCCAUUGGGAUGAAUACGGCCAUGUGGGUUGGGUUAUGCAUUGCUAUCAUUCUCUUUACGGUUUAUGCUGCCUAUGCGCUAGCAUUCUACUUUGGGACAACUCUCAUAAUCUCCGGGGAUUUAAAUGCAGGAACCAUCGUGAACGUAAUUUUCGCUAUCCUGAUUGGCUCCUUUUCUCUGGCCAUCCUGUCCCCACAGUUACAAGGCAGGUCACUUGAAACAGCCAUCGAUGAGGCUCGUGGAGCUGCGGCCAAACUCUACGCUACCAUUGCCCGUGUACCCCCCAUUGAUGCGUACAGUGAGGAAGGAUUACGGCCGGAGACUGUCGUUGGACAACUCGAUCUUGAAGACAUCCACUUCAAUUAUCCGUCUCGGCCGACAGUUCCGGUUGUGAAAGGCAUAAGUGUACAUUUUAAUGCCGGGAAAACCACAGCACUAGUAGGAUCUUCCGGCUCUGGAAAGUCGACGCUCAUAGCCCUAGUGGAACGAUUUUAUGAUCCGUCUAGCGGUGUCGUAAAGCUGGACGGACAGAAUGUGAAAGACCUCAAUAUAAAGUGGCUUCGUUCUCAGAUUGGCUUAGUCUCCCAGGAGCCUACGUUGUUUGAUGCUACUAUAUGGGAAAAUGUCGCACAUGGUUUAAUUAAUACGAAAUAUGAGGAUCUUCCAAAGGAAGAGAAAAUGAAGAUAAUCAAGGAGGCCUGCACUAUGUCCAAUGCUGACUCUUUCAUUUCUAAACUUCCUGAUGGAUACGAGACGGUUGUAGGAGAACGGGCAAUUCUUCUCUCUGGCGGUCAGAAACAGCGUAUUGCUAUUGCUCGUGCUAUUGUCUCUGACCCCAAGAUAUUACUCCUCGACGAAGCUACUAGUGCCCUCGAUACCCAAAGUGAAGGUAUCGUUCAAGACGCCUUGGACAAAGUCGCAGCAGGCCGGACAACCAUUACUGUUGCUCACCGUUUAAGCACCAUUAAGGAUGCAGACACUAUAUAUGUUAUGGGUGAUGGGCAUGUGAUCGAAGGCAAGUCUCAUGCACACUUGGGGCCGAUAAGCUCACUGUUGGUGCAAGCACAGAAGAUCAGGGAAGGCGAAGACGUUGCUACUACCGAAGCCAAUGACUCAGACAUUAGCACGGUGGACGAGAAGGAGCCGGACGACUUCGUUCCCCUUGACAGAACCAAGACACACCAGUCCAUAGCCAGUCAGGCUCUCGAGCAGCGGAUGAAGGAACGACAAGAGACUCGCAAACGAAAAUACUCAAUAUACCAACUUUUCAUGCGCAUGCUUCUUCUUAAUCGAGAGAGUUGGAACCGAAUGAUUGGAGGUGCGAUUGCUGCAAUCAUGACUGGGGCCAUUUACCCAAGUUAUGGUAUCGUCUUCGCCUAUGCCCUCGACGGAUUCUCACAACCAGAUAACCAUGUAAAGCGUCAGAAAGGCGAUAGGAACGCUCUAUGGCUGUUUAUAAUGUCGUUAAUUGCAAUUGUGACCACAAUGGUCCAGAACUGGAAUUUCGUUGCGGCGGCAACAACGCUAAUGGCAAGACUACGUUUCGCCAUGUUCACCUCCAUCCUGAGGCAAGACAUUGAAUUCUUUGAUGAGGCGGAACACAGUACUGGAAGUCUUGUUUCGAGCCUUAGUGACGAUCCUCAGAAAGUCAAUGGGCUGGCAGGCAUGAUUCUCGCAACUCUGCUACAAUCUAUAUCGACGCUCGUUGUUGGUUAUAUUAUUGGUUUGUCCUUUACGUGGAAGAUCGGCCUUGUCGGUAUUGCUUGCACCCCGUUGGUUAUAGUCUCCGGGUACAUCCGACUUCGUGUGGUAGUUGUGAAAGACAAGUAUAAUAAGAAGGCACACGAGGAAUCCGCUCAAUUGGCCUGUGAAGCUGCUGGUGCCAUUCGAACGGUAGCCUCCUUGACGAGGGAAAAGGAUUGUCUUCGCAUGUACAGUCAAAGCUUGGAGAAGCCCCUUCAGGUAGCCAACAAGACGUCGGUCUGGAGCGGCAUGAUGUAUGCGUUUGCUCAGUCAGUUUCCUUCUGGGUCAUUGCUCUAGUCUUCUGGUUCGGGGCCAGGCUUGUGUCUGAGUUGGAGAUUACCUCAACAGAGUUCUUCGUCGGUCUGAUGAGUACAACCUUUGCUGUUAUUCAAGCUGGUAAUAUGUUCCAGCAUGCUCCUGACAUGAGUGAGGCCAAGGAGGCUUCGGAGGGUAUUGUUCAGAUAUUCGACAGCAUACCAGAAAUCGAUGCCCAAUCUCCAGAAGGCAAACCUGUCAAGCGUGAAGAAACCAUAGGCCAUAUUCGUUUCGAAGGUGUUCACUUCAGAUAUCCCACUCGACCCGGAGUCAGGGUUCUUAGGGAUUUGAACCUUGAUAUCAAGCAAGGCACCUAUGUAGCCCUCGUCGGCCAGAGCGGAUGCGGUAAAUCGACGACGAUCCAGCUUGUAGAGCGUUUCUACGACCCUUUGGUUGGCAGAGUAACACUGGAUGGAAAGGACGUUUCAGAUCUCAAUGUGGCGCAGUAUCGGCAGCUUAUUUCCUUGGUGUCUCAAGAGCCGACGCUGUACUCUGGUACGGUCCGCUUCAACAUCCUUCUUGGAGCUAUCAGGCCGCACGAGGAAGUGACACAGGAGGAGAUAGAGGAUGCCUGCCGCAAUGCCAACAUCUUGGAGUUCAUUGAAAGCCUUCCUCAGAAAUUUGAGACUGAGGUUGGCGGUAAAGGAUCCCAGCUUUCAGGAGGCCAGAAACAACGUAUCGCCAUCGCACGGGCUCUCCUUCGGGACCCAAAAGUCCUUCUGUUGGAUGAAGCGACAUCAGCACUUGACUCGAGCUCCGAAAAAGUCGUUCAAGCCGCAUUGGAUCAAGCCGCCAAAGGUCGGACAACAAUUGCCAUUGCUCAUCGGUUGUCGACGAUCCAAAACGCCGACUGCAUAUAUUUCAUCAAAGAUGGAGGCGUAAGCGAGUCGGGAACUCACGACCAACUGAUUGCACAAAAAGGCGAUUAUUACGAGUUUGUGCAGAUGCAAGCACUGAGUAAGAGGGUUUAAGAACUGCUUGUAUCAUUACGUUUAUUUCAGAGGAGAGAACAACGCGGUAUAUUGUGCUCGUGGAUGUCUUGUUCUUACAUACCAAUUAGUUAGUUUUGUAUAGCCUGUAUUAAUGCAACAAAAUGGAUGGAAUUCACACUCAUCGCGAAUUUAAUAAUGGA